CCAUGAAUUGACACUAGAAUAUAUUAGAUCUUUACUUUAGUUCCACGAUGAGACACGACAGCUUAUUAUUAUGUUUCCCCGGAAAAUGGUGAGCGCUUUUUAACCUAGCACUCACUGAGAUGCAGCCUAUCAGAGCCUCAGGAUAAGUGUUGCUAUCUACCAUGUUUUGCAUAUCAUUACAGCUGCACUGCACAGACAAUAUCUGUAUCCCUCAAGUGCUCAAGUCGUUUUUUUUUCUCUAAUUAUUUUAAGAUACACUGUUUAAUAUUUUGCAUAUUGUGGAUAUAUAGUUUCAAUAGACAUAAUCAUGAUAAAUAAAAAAACAGCAUUGAUUCUUGGACUCCCUGCUGCUUUUGUAAUGAUUUCAGGGAUUAUCCUUUCCCUCUUGAUUUACUUCUUAAUGAGUACUUUAGAAGAUGGUUUCAUCAAACGGAAUACUGAUAUCCAACUUGACGACAGAAGCCAUAGUAGAUACCAAUCUGGAGGCAGAGAUAACUCAGGCCAUAAGGAAUGGAAAAGGGCGAUAGAGAUACUGAACCAGUCAUAUGAUCUACCAUAUCCAGCUUUUUCUCGAGACUCAGAAAGUGACAACAAUGCCUACUUAUUCAUUACCAAAUAUCCUUUUUGGAUUUUAGGAUUCCUUUAUGUCAUCCCUGGACUGUUUGGUCUUCUGUCCGCUCUAUUCCAGAAGAAAGGCUUGUACAUUGUUUCCAUCAUCUUCUCUGUGAUAUCUCUGCUCCUAAUGGCGGCAAUGGCGGCAGUUGGUUUCUUAUUUGUAUUUGCUGUGCUGUUUGUGUUAGGCACUGUCUCCAGCCAGUGCCACGAUGAGAAUGGUGUUUGCAAGUGUGGAGGUGAAACAUAUAACCAAUUCAAAAGUUGCUCCACCAUUUCUUCUGUAUUCUCCCUGUUGAUGUCAAUCACUGGCUUUAUCGUCAUCGGAUGGAUUGCUGUCUUGGUGAUGCUAAUCAUCUGUAGCUACUUCACCUGCUGUGCUAAGACCAUAUCAACUGGAGGGAUUGUGCUGUCCCCUGCUCAGCAGCCCAUGAUACCAUUGGAGGCUGAUCCUAAUGCAGCUACCUACACCCAGCAGUCUUACAACUAUCCACCCCCGCAGCAGUACUAUGACCAAAGUAUUCCCAGCAAAGUGUAAGGACUACAUCAGCCGGGACCAGAAAGCCUGACAAAACAGAGAUCGGCUGUCAGGCUCCUGUUCUUCUUUUUAUAUUAUGUGUCUCAAAUUAUAUUCUUUAAACACACUUCAGGCAAUCUAGGUAUUAUGUCAAAGUGCACAAGUUUUGAAAGCAUGCGAUAAAAGGAAUCUCUAAGUUUUCAUUGUCUUUGUUCUGUCUUGGCUUGCUAUCUUUAGCUUUGGUCUGUUAUAAAGAUGUUAGAUGUUGAAAUGUCUAUUGCAAAAAUGCCAUUGACUUGUCAGUAAAAUAAUUCAUGCAUAAUUAAUAGUUAUAUUAUUUUCAUAAAAUAUGUAGCAGCUGAGCUUCUUUGAAGAUACAUCUCUGAAUUAUUAUAUACCUACAACCUCAACAAAUAGGUCUUUUUCUGUUGCAAAGACUUUUGAGUGUGUACAGUAGAUAGCUACUAAAGAAAAUUAUUUCAAAAAGCCAAUGUAACAUCAGCAUAUCAGGAAUAUCACACUCAAGAGCAAGCAUAACCAUACUGCUCAAUUGUUUGUUUCAUUGAUUUAAAAAAUGUUAAGAUUUUUUAAUAGUCAUAUUUCUACAGUUUUUUAAAUCUUAAUUUGAAAAUAUUGUUUGGUUGUUAAUGAUAUGGCACUAAACUAUGUUGGUUUUAAUAUAUAUUUCUGUAUGUAAAAACGUGUUUUUGAGUAAUCUUUUUCGUCAGGUAGCACAUUGUAAGGUAGAAGAGAAGUCAGAAUACCAGACAGAAAAAAGCUUUUUUUUUUCUAGUAGUGUGAUAAUAAAACCUCCAUAACUUUCCUUGGUGCAUUAAUCUCAAAAUCAGUUUAUCAGAAUAAUGAUGAAACAAAGGCAUUUUUCUAGUUAAGUUUUAAAGAAAAAACUUUUAAAUUAUAUCUGUCUCAUAAAAUGAAAUUCAAUUUGACAAUUUGAUUGGAAAUAAAACACUUUCUGGGUUCAAUUAAUGUUGUUAGCAUCUGUGCCAUAUAGAAGUGCAUUCAGCUUAUAAUAUUUGUUUCAAGGAUAUUUUUUUAUUAUAAAUGUAUCUGUACCUUGUACACGACAAUAUUUUGUACCCUGUGAGAUAAAAAAAAAAUUAUUUUUUUUUCUAAUAGCUUUUAUACUAAUAAAUUUUUUUAAGUGACACCCUUUUCACUUAAUAAUAUUGUGAUUCGGGGGGGAUAGUAGCUGAAUGGUACAGUGCUUGGCUUUGGAACAGAAGGUCUCGGGUUUGAAUCAUGGGAAAGAUUGGGAUUUUGAAUUUGUGGAUUUUUUUGUUUAGGACUUCCCUGAUUCCAACUAGCUCUAAUGAGUACCUGACAUAAGUUGGGGAAAGUGAAGGUGGUUGGCUGUUGUGUUGGCCAUAGAAGCAGAUGACCUUUACAUCAUUUGCCCAGUAAAUCACAAGGUAGUUUACUUUAAUUUUGCCUCCUUUGCUCUAUUUUAGGUUAUUGCAAUUAUAUUUAAACAUUUUAAUUUCGCAUUUCUAUAACAUAGCUCAAGUAAUAUCUCUAUUUUACUCAUUAUACAUGUUGAGACAUAUUUUUGUUAAAAUUGUAGCAUCAGUUGAAAAAUAUUCUUUUCAAGUUUUGAAAACAUUAUUUACCAGAAUGUUUGUUUUUCUGUUGUCUUUAUUUUACUUGUGCCUUUAAUAAAUCUCAUUACAGUAACUUAAAAUUAUUUUUUGAUAACAUAAAUUCUUUUUCAUAUAUACUUUAUAAUUUAGAGCUCUUCAUUUAGAAUGAAAUUCUUUUUAUUAAAAGAAAUAUAUAUCUUAUCUCAUGCCUAGAUCAUAAUUUAGCUUGUAUAAUUUUUGACUGUGUGUAGAUGAUGAUCUUAAUGUUUGUCCAAGAGUAUGUUGUAAAGUUUUUUUGUUGUUUUUUUUUAAAAAGGAUGUUGCGCAUUGUAACUUUUGAUUAAAAGUAUAGCAGACUGCAAAACUGAAUUUUCAAUUGAAAUAGAAUUUAAGUGUAUACGAAAAUAAUUCUUUUACUCUUCACUGUAGAGAAACUAAAAUAGCUUAUUAGAAAAAUGAAAUUACUUACCAAGAUGUAUUUAUGCGGAUACUCAAUAGUUUUAUUUAUGCAAAUUUAUUUAAAAAAGAU